AUGCAACUUCCAACUGAUCACGACGCGCAGACAUCAAGUUAUCCCAACCACCCAAAUUUCCCCAGUUUCCCUGGAAAAACUCUUGUCCAUGGCAGAGCAACACAUACUGCAAAACAAGCUGCAAAAUAUAAGCGUGCUUAUCUGAUAAUUAGAGAGAGAUGGAAUGAAACUCAGCAUGAAACUGUUGAAAUUAAGGAAAACAUACGUAAAGCUCAAUCAGCGUUGCAGGAAGUUGAAGAUGAGAAUGAUGUUUUACUUGAAGCUUUGCUUAAACAUCAGCCUGGUUUGGGUCAGUCUAGCUUGUUUGAUGGGGGGCAAUUGGAGCAGCAGCAGCAGCAGCAACAACAACAAUCACCACAGCCACAAACACAAUCCCCACAACACCCACAACAACCCAUCAAACAAGAAGACCCCCACUAUCCCCAGAAUCAGGACAUUUAUAACCAACAACAGCAACACGAGCUAGCUUUAAUGGGAAGUACAACACAUCCACACCAACACAUCCACCAAAUACAAGAUUCUAUUCAGAUUCAACCAACGUUAUCAACUUCCAAGCGCUCAAUCGAUGACAUUAUCUCUUCUAAUGAUAACGAUAACCAAUAUCUUAAACGUCAGCGUUUCUGA